GAGCGCGCGCGCCGCGCGGACAUGCAGGGGGCGGCGAACGCGGGCAGGGGCGCGGGGACCCGCGGGCGGGGGUCCCCGCCGCGGCGAGGCGCUCCCCGCACAAAGCCCGGGGCGGGCCGAGGCCGGACCGCGGGGACCCCGGCUGCCUUCGCCCGCCCUGCCCGGGGAAGGCCGCGCGCGAGGAAUGGCCCCCCCUCCGGGGGUCAGCGAGGAGCGGUGACCACGGGGCCUGAGAACGGAGCUCUUCCUUCCAGGGGCACUGCCCUUCUGCAGGAGAGGAGGCGUAAGCAGGAGGCAGCAGGGACAAGAACCGAACUGAAAGCCAUGUCUCAGAGCUUGGUGACAUUUGGGGAUGUGGCUGUAGAUUUCUCCCAAGAGGAGUGGGAGUGGCUGAACUCUGCUCAGAGGAAUCUGUACAGGAGUGUGAUGUUGGAGAACUACAGGAACCUGGUUUCGCUGGGACUUUGCGUUUCUAAGCCUGAUAUGAUCUCCUCAUUGGAACAGAGGAAAGAGCCCUGGAUGGUGAAGAGAAAGUUGACAAGAGGCCGGUGCCCAGAUUUGAAGACUGUGCCGGAGACUGAGUUACCUGCAAAGAAGGACAUCUCUAAGGAAAAGUUACCCCAGGCAGUGAUAAUGGAGAGACUCACAAACUACAGUCUGGAAUGCUCCAUUUUAGGGGAAAACUGGGAUUAUGGUGCUCUGUUUGAGAGGCAGCCAGGCUUGGUGACCAUCACGAACAUGGCUGUAGACUUCUCCCGGCAGCUGGACCUAGCUCAGAAGAGUUUCUGUAAGAAUGUGAUAUGGGAGAACCAUGGUGACCUGGGGUCAGUAGGACCCUGUGUUUCUAAGCCAGAUUUGGUCUCUCUGCUGGAGCAAGGGAAGGAGCCCUGGAUGGUGGAAAGAGAGCUGACGAGGGGCCUGUUCUCAGGCCAGCAAUCUAUAAAUGAGACCCAGGAAUUAUUUUCAAAGCAAGAUUCAUUCACUGAAGUAACAGAUAGAACUUCAAACACGAAUUUGGAGUGUUCCACUUUCAGAGAAAAUUGGGAUUCCGAGGGUAUGUUUGAAAGGAAGCUGGCAGGUCAGGAGACACAAUUCAGGCAAGAGGCAAUCACUCAUAACAAAACCCUCUCUAAGGAAAGAGAAUGUACUUUUAAUAAAUCUGGAAGAUGGUUUCAUUUGGACAUUUCAGAAGAGAGAAUUCAUAAUUGUGAUUCAGUUAAGAAAAAUUUUCCCAAAAAUUCAGUGGUAAUAAAACAUCCAGGAAUUUAUGCAGGAAAAAAACUUUUCAAAUGUAAUGAAUGUAAGAAAACUUUUACCCAGAGCUCAUCCCUUACUGUUCAUCAGAGAAUUCAUACUGGGGAGAAACCCUAUAAAUGUAAUGAAUGUGGAAAGGCCUUCAGUGAUGGCUCAUCCUUUGCUAGACAUCAAAGAUGUCACACUGGCAAGAAGCCUUAUGAAUGUAUCGAAUGUGGGAAAGCUUUCAUACAGAACACAUCCCUUAUUCGUCACUGGAGAUAUUACCACACUGGGGAGAAACCCUUUGAUUGCAUCGAUUGUGGGAAAGCCUUCAGUGAUCACAUAGGACUUAAUCAACAUAGGAGAAUUCAUACUGGAGAGAAACCCUACAAAUGUGAUGUAUGUGACAAAUCCUUUAGAUAUGGCUCAUCACUUACUGUACAUCAAAGGAUUCAUACUGGAGAAAAACCAUAUGAAUGUGAUGUUUGCAGAAAAGCCUUCAGCCAUCAUGCAUCACUCACUCAACAUCAAAGAGUGCAUUCUGGAGAAAAGCCUUUUAAAUGUAAAGAAUGUGGGAAAGCUUUUAGGCAGAAUAUACACCUUGCUAGUCAUUUGAGGAUCCAUACUGGAGAGAAACCCUUUGAAUGUGGGGAAUGUGGUAAAUCCUUCAGUAUCAGUUCACAGCUGGCUACUCAUCAGAGAAUUCAUACUGGAGAGAAGCCCUAUGAAUGUAAGGUUUGUAGUAAAGCAUUCACCCAGAAGGCUCACCUUGCACAGCAUCAGAAAACUCAUACAGGAGAGAAACCAUAUGAGUGUAAGGAAUGUGGUAAAGCCUUUAGCCAAACCACACACCUUAUUCAACACCAGAGGGUUCACACUGGAGAGAAACCCUAUAAAUGUAUCGAAUGUGGGAAGGCCUUUGGUGAUAACUCAUCCUGUACUCAACAUCAGAGGCUUCACACUGGCCAAAGACCUUAUGAAUGUAUUGAAUGUGGGAAGGCAUUCAAGACAAAGUCCUCACUUAUCUGUCAUCGCAGAAGUCAUACGGGAGAGAAACCUUAUGAAUGUAGCGCAUGUGGCAAAGCCUUUAGCCAUCGUCACAAAAUCUCAACCCUUACUCUUCAUCAAAGAAUUCAUACCGGAGAGAAACCCUAUGAAUGUAUUGAAUGUGGGAAAGCCUUUAGCCAGAGUGCCCACCUUGCUCAACAUCAGAGAAUACAUACCGGAGAAAAACCGUUUGAAUGUACUGAAUGUGGGAAAGCCUUCAGUCAGAAUGCUCAUCUUAUUCAACAUCAGAGAGUUCAUACUGGAGAAAAACCUUAUCAAUGUAAGCAGUGUAAUAAAGCCUUCAGCCAGCUUGCACAUCUUGCUCAACAUCAGAGAGUUCAUACCGGAGAGAAACCUUAUGAAUGUAUUGAAUGUGGGAAGGCUUUCACUGAUCACAUAGGCCUUAUUCAGCAUAAGAGAAUUCAUACUGGAGAGAGACCUUACAAAUGUAAUGUGUGUGGGAAGGCUUUUAGCCAUGGCUCGUCCCUGACUGUACAUCAGAGAAUUCAUACAGGAGAGAAACCUUAUGAGUGUAAUAUCUGUGAGAAAGCCUUUAGCCAUCGUGGCUCACUUACUCUUCAUCAAAGAGUUCAUACUGGAGAGAAACCCUAUGAAUGUAAAGAAUGUGGGAAAGCGUUUCGGCAGAGCACACACCUUGCUCAUCAUCAGAGAAUUCAUACUGGAGAGAAACCUUAUGAAUGUAAGGAAUGCAGCAAAACUUUCAGCCAAAAUGCACACCUUGCACAACAUCAGAAAAUACACACUGGAGAGAAACCUUAUGAAUGUAAGGAAUGUGGUAAGGCCUUCAGUCAAAUUGCACACCUUGUUCAACACCAGAGAGUUCAUACUGGUGAGAAGCCUUAUGAAUGUAUUGAAUGUGGGAAGGCCUUUAGUGAUGGUUCCUAUCUUGUUCAACAUCAGAGACUCCACACUGGCAAAAGACCAUAUGUGUGUCUUGAAUGUGGAAAGGCAUUCAGACAGAGAGCAUCCCUGAUUUGUCACCAGAGAUGUCAUACAGGCGAGAAACCUUAUGAAUGUAAUGUUUGUGGGAAAGCCUUUAGCCAUCGUAAAUCCCUUACUCUACAUCAAAGAAUUCAUACAGGAGAAAAACCUUAUGAGUGUAAGGAAUGUAGCAAAGCCUUCAGCCAGAUUGCCCAUCUUACACUUCAUAAGAGAAUUCAUACUGGAGAAAGGCCCUAUGAAUGUAAAGAAUGUGGGAAAGCCUUCAGGCAGAGUGUACAUCUUGCUCAUCAUCAGCGAAUUCAUACUGGAGAGUCAUCCUCAAUUAUUCCCUCCUCCUCACCCCCAUUCCACCAAGUUCUCUAGAUUCAAUCUUCUAAAUGCCUCUAGGAUCUGUCCACUUUUUUCCAGUCUAUGUCCCAUCAUCAUAGUCCAAGAUGAACCCGUCUCAUUUUUAUUUUUACCAUAAUGUUACAACCAUUAUCCCUCUUGCUCUUCCCCUCAAGUGCAUUUUUAACACUGUAGCCAGCUUAAUCUUUUAAAAAUAAAAAUCUAUUUUACUUUCCCAUUUAAAACAUCUUUAAGAAUAUGUUAGAUCAUCCAUUUAAAGGGCUUAGCACACAACCCUUGACAUAUAAUUAGUGCCAUUAAGGUAAAGAUUUCCUUGCUGUCAUGUUCAGCUGCAUGUAAAAUCUAGUAGGUUAAGACUAAGAAACCUAUACAUUUUAGAGAAGACAAAGAACUCUCUGCUUUCCCAGGAGGUAGAAAAAUGGACACAUUCAGAAUUGAAAGAUUCUAUGAUGAACAAGGUCACAUGUUGGCUUACCACUCCCUCUGUAUGACUAAAUACAAGGACUUGUAGCAUUGCUGAUGAGGGACUCUCACUUUGCCUGGCACUUAGAAUAGGCCAGUUGGAACAAAGGCAUUUGGUAGAAUGUAGGAUUAGGCAGAUAUUAAGAACAAACUAAAGUCAGCAAGCUAGAAAACUUGAUAAAUAGCCAUGAAAUAAACAGAAGAAGGUAGUUUAACACUUUGACCUGUAGAAAAGCACAGACAAUUCCUGUGAUGUUUGAAUUCUUCUAGAGCAUAAAAUAAAUACAGUAAAGCUGCCCAUCUUACUCUGUGAAACUGACAAGACUGGUACCAAAACAAAAACAUAUCCUACAGUUAGCUUAUGAAUGUAGAUCUUAAAACUUAAACUUACUUUUUAAAUAUUAAAAAGUACACUAAAUGGAAAGCUAGACCUGUCUUUGUAUAGAAAGAGUCUGGCAAAGAUAUUUCUCCCUGUGUUAAAUAUGUAAAUUUAUUGAUAGUCCAGUAAAAAUCCCAAUAUAUAUUUAAGUUGAUGAGCUGAUUCUGACCAUCUAUAGAAUAUAGAAUUGUGCUAUAGUAAGGAAUGUAGUACUCACUCACUUAACAUUAACUGAGCAUUUACUAAUGUGCCAGGCCGUGUUUUUAGGUGCCGGGGAUACAGCAGAGUGCAAAAUAUGCAAGUUUUUGCCCCUACAGACCUGGUGGGAGAAGACAAAGUCGAAAUACAUACUAUGUGAUAAGUAUGCAAUAUGUACCAUGAUGAGAAAUCACUGAAAGAAGGAGCUAGGGAGUGAUGGCAAGAAGUGCCUUACUAUUCCCAGAACAUAUGGGCAUUAGAAGCAGGGAACUGUCAGAUAGAGUGGGCAUAAUGAGAAUAGUCAUUUAGUCCUAAGGUAGAUAAUUAUGCUUUCAGUGUUGCAGGAAGAGAGAAUUGAGUGUUUAAAAAGGAUCAUGAGCGUUCUCUUCACUCUUUAUCAAUAGUGAUUUUGGGUCUGGUGGAGGGUUUUUUGUUUGUUUGUUUGUUUGUAACAGCCUUACUGAGAUAUAAUUCACAUACCAUACAAUCCACCCAUUUAAAAUAUACAAUUCAGAGACUUAGUAUGUUCAGAUUUGUGCAACCGUUACCACAUUUCAUUACCUAAAAAAGAAUACCCCCACCCCUGGAGGAGUAGUCUUACUUGGAGCACACAGUGCUUUUAGGUUCUCUCUUUUGACUGUUACCUGUGGCAGCAUAGUAGGCCAUGUGAGGGGAUCUCUUAUCCAGAGGGCAUGAGUGCUAGAAAACGGAGCUUUGGGGCUCUCUUUACUUUGGGAUAGAGACUAGGGGAUGGGUGGUCCUAUUAGACUCCCUUUAUUUGUGAUAAAAAGGAUUUUUCAUUGCGGUGGGGGGAAGAUGGAUUAAUCAAGUGGUGUUGGGACAAUUAGCUCUAUGGAAAGACAGGAGUAUACCUUGUACACUAAUGAAGCUCUGAAAGAUCAAAGAUCUAAGUACAGUAUUAAAAUACAAGAAAAACAAUAUAAUUUUGAGGCAGACCUUCUUAAGUAUUACACAUAACCCUGGAGCUGACGUUAAGAUAACAUUUAUGUGUGGAAAAUAUCAAAGUCAAAUAUACAAAUAUGAGAUUGAAAGAAAAUGUUUGCAAACCAAUAUAACAAAGGAUAAUAAUUCCUGAUAUUCAAAGCAUUAUUACAAAUAAAUAGUAACACCGGGAAUUCAGUAGAAAAAAACGGACAAAGCUAAUGGCCAGUUCAAAGAAGAUGAAAAAGCAGCUAAUGGAAAUGAUCCAGUAUCACUAGUAAUCAAGGAAAUGCAAAAUAAAGUGAUGUUAAUCUACUUUUUUCCCCAAUGAUUUUUAAAUCAUAGAAAAGGGAUUAUAUCUAGUGACUGUGUCAAAAACAAGACAAUUCCACCGUCGGUUAUAUAAAUUUAUGUGCGUAUAUACCGUUUGAAUCAUUAUUCCUCAAAAACCAAAGUGUACAAAGGUAGGUAAAUGUAUAAUGGCAAAAAUUAUUUUUAAUGGUGAACUCUAUUAGAAACUAUUAGGGUAUUGGGCAAAUGGGUAAGUUAAUUAUGGUAUAUGCAUUCAAUAGAAUUACAUGCAGCUGUUGAAAAAAGAAGUAUAAAUGUGUAUAUAGCCAUAGAAGGAUAGUUGUAUUAUACUAAAUGAAAACCAUUUUCAGAUCUGUGUUCUAAUAUAAACUCAUAGUUGUAAUAUCAAACAUAAAAGUUAAAAUAUGUAUUUUUCUGUUUUUCUCUGCCCUCUUUUCCAUGCCUCCUCCUUUUUUGAGUACACCAUCUCUUCUUUUCCUUUGAGCAACUGACAUACUGUACCAUAUGGCUUUGAUGGUCUUGGCUAAUCAGAUUCUCUCUGGAGUUUGAGAGGCAGUUGGGUCUGUAUCAUCCAAUGGCAGCUCCCUAAAGCGAUGACACUGGUGUUCUCAUGGCUGAGAUCUUUGGGGUCACUCUAGUUUUUGUGCUUUCUAAGGCUGUACUUCUUCGAACUACCUGCUAUUCUUCCAGUACUUCAUUUUUUACCGACUUUGCUCAUUUGCUUGCAGUUAAAGAAGCUUAACCAAUACAGAGUUUGAUAUGAAGAUUAGGUGAUAGGCUGUAGAAUCUUUGGAAAAUUUGAGGUAUUAGGGAUUGGUUUUUAGGUGAGAUGGAGCAAGUAAGACUCCCGUUCUUUUCUAGCCUAAGAAAGAGCUCAUGGUGUGCACUGGGUAAACAUAGAAGUAAAUUAUUAUUUGUAGUCACCUGAAAUGAGUAGAGGUCAGGAUCCUGGAUUAUGGCAGUUUAAAGAGAAAGAGGAAUGCUAAGUCCAAAGUGUAUAUGAUGCCGGUGGGGUCUUUGGAAGGUGACUAGGUCAUGAGGGCAGAGUCCUCAUGAAUGGGAUGCCGGCCCAGCUCAUGGAGUAGAGGGGGCCACACCCCAUCCUUGUGUCCUCCUGAAAACCAACUCCACACCUGGUGGCGUGUGCACUGAGAGCCUGUAAUAUUGGUCAUGCUGUCUGACAGUAGGUCCUCUCUCUCUCUCUACCUGAAAGAAGGAUGACCCCUAUCUGGCAUCUCUGAUGCUCAGGGCAUCCCCAAGCAGACAAAUUGACUCUGAUCUCCUCCUGCAUUUUUUGGGCUAGGUCAUUUGUGGAUUAUUCAAAUAAAAAUGAACCCCAUCAUGGAACCAGUACUCAUGAGUUAGGAGUGCAUAAGACAUCCUAAGGGAUGGUCAGAGGUGCAGGGCACCUGGACCCACAGACCUGCCUGAGCAUCACCAAAAUCCCACCUGCUGGCUGGUAUGGAUCCUGAUCCAGGGGCUCUGGAAGAAACAGAGGCUCAGGCUGCAGCCCCCACAGUUCCUCCCAGGCUCCCCUCUCCUGGGUCCAUUUACCCUUCACACACACACAAAGACAGCAGCAGCAGUGGUAUUUCUGCAUUGAAGGAACCAGGUACCUGCCUUGGUACCAUCUGGUUGCCAGAGCUUCUCCUUCAGGGAAGAGGAAGGGCAGAGAGUGUUAGCCCCCAGCUCUUAGCCUUUGGGUGAGGUCGGGAUGGUGACUGUGCCCAGAAGAGGAACUUAAGACCCCUUAGGGCUUGGUCAGCUCUGGAAGAGCCUCUAGCCCCACCUGCCUAGGUGCCUUAGUUUGGGAGGGCUGUCAUAAUGAAAUGCCACAGACUGGGUGACUUAAGUACAGAAAUGUUUUCUUACAGUUCUAUAAAAUUGAGGUGUGGGUAGGGUAGGUUUCUUCUGAGGCUUCUCUCCUUGGCUUGUAGAUGGCCACCUUCUCUCUCUGUCUUCAUGUGGUCAUCCCUCUGUGCUGUGCCCUAACCUCUUCUUAUCUCGUAAAUUGCUGGUAGGGGUGUAAGAUGGCACAGUUAUUUUGGGAAACAGUGUGGCAGUUUGUUUAAAUAAGAAAAAACUAAAAAUACAAAUACCGUAUGACCUAGAAAUUGGAUCCCUGGGCAUUUAUCACAGAGAAAUAGAGAUUUAUGUUCACACAAAACCUGUCAUAAGGAAACAACAGUGAAAGGGCAGUCUAUGGAAUGGGAGAAUAUUUGCAAACCAAAUAUCUGAUAAGGGUUAAUAUCCAAAAUAUAUGUGAUUUUACCACAGUGAAAAGAGAGAAAAAAAAACAAACACAAAAAAUACCUGGAAUAGCCCCAAAGUGGAAACAUCCCAGAUGUGAUACCCAAAUUGUGGUGUGUCAAUACCAUGAGAUAGAAUUUGGCAAUAAAGUAAUAAACUGAUACGUAUAACAACUUGGAUAAAUCUCGAGAAUUAUGCUGAAUGGGAAAUAAGAAGCCUAUUGCAUAACAUUUUUGAAAACAAAAUUAUGGAUGCAGAGGACAAAUUAUCGAUGGGGUUACGGAAGGAUGAGGUCUGGAGGAAAAAUGGGUGUGUGGUUAUGAAAGAGCCACGUGGAGGAACCUAGUGGUGAUGGAAAUAUUCUGUAUCUUGGCAACGUCUACAUCAACAGCCUCGUUCCGAUAUUCCAAGACGUCACUGUUGGGGACGCAACCAGAUGAAGGAUACGGGGGAUCUUUCUGUAUGGUUUCCAAUUUAUUUUUUGCAACUGCAUGUGAAUCUACGUUUAUCUCAAAAUAAAAUAUCCAGUUAAGAAAUCAUGAG